AUAUAAUGGAAAUGAUUUAGGUCAUCACAGCUGGUGUCAUCAUUAUGGGGAAAAAAACCCAAAACCAACCAACCACAAAAUAACCAGCUCUUGAAUGUGCAAGCUAUCUGCUCUCUCUGUGUGGCAUCUCCAGGUUUCUAUCCAAGGGUAAUUAGCUCUAUUGCAUCCAUUUUGGGUGUGCACUGUUUUUAACACUGCAGCUACAAUCCUCUCCCCCACCCCUUAUUUUAUACCACGAUCUACGUGGGAAAAAGUCUCCUUUCAAACCUCCUACACCCAGGAAAUACAUGCGCCAGGCUUUCAUUUCUUUGUGGCUGGUGGGUUUGUUUCUCCCCCACCCCUUCCUAAGAAAGAAAAGACAGUCAAGACAAAUGAAGACUUCAUCACCAUGAUCAUCACCAGGACAGCUGGGGAGAGAGCCACCAGGGGAAGAGAGGGGGACGUCUCACAGCAAGUCUGCGUCAUUCUGGGAGACAGGGUUUCAAAGAAGUGAAAGUAUUUGUCACCAGCAGGCAACAAGCGUCACCGAGCCCCCGGGACAGAUCAAAAAGGAGGAGAAAUUAUGGCCGGAGAAUUUUACAAGCAUCCUGAACAGUCUCCUGGAUGGUUAUGACAACAGGCUGCGUCCUGGAUUUGGGGAACAAUAUUUAGCUGGCUCCAUGUAUUGAAUCUGGGUUUUUGUGGCACAAUUGUUCCAGGAAGUAUCCGGGGCCAGGGUUUUUUUUCUGGUGCUAUAGGAGAAGCUAGACAGUGUGUUCUCUCUUUUGAUGGUACAAUUUGGGAGCUAAGGACCAAAAACCAUCAUGAUCCAGAACUGGGAGCACUGGCGGUUGGGAGUCUGAAAGGACAGGAAACAGGAAGGAGGGGUGAGGAGUUGAGGAAGCAGAGUGAGAGCUACAGAGGAUGCAGCAGCAGCUAGGUCCUGUUACUGAAGUCAAAACAGAUAUAUAUGUCACCAGUUUUGGACCUGUUUCCGAUGUAGAAAUGGAAUACACAAUGGAUGUCUUCUUUCGUCAGACAUGGGUGGACAAAAGAUUAAAAUAUGAUGGUCCCAUUGAAAUUUUAAGACUUAAUAACAUGAUGGUUUCGAAAGUGUGGACACCUGACACUUUUUUCAGGAAUGGGAAAAAAUCCGUCUCGCAUAAUAUGACAGCCCCAAAUAAACUCUUUAGAAUAAUGAGAAAUGGCACCAUCUUAUACACAAUGAGGCUUACCAUAAGUGCAGAAUGUCCCAUGAGAUUAGUGGAUUUUCCAAUGGAUGGUCAUGCUUGUCCUCUCAAAUUUGGGAGUUAUGCAUAUCCAAAGAGUGAAAUGAUUUACACCUGGACAAAAGGACCUGAGCAAUCCGUGGAAGUUCCUGAAGAGUCUUCCAGUUUAGUUCAGUAUGACCUGCUUGGGCAUACUGUGUCCACUGAAACUGUUAAAUCUAUUACAGGUGAAUAUGUUGUUAUGACAGUUUACUUCCACCUCAGACGGAAAAUGGGUUAUUUUAUGAUUCAGACAUAUAUCCCAUGCAUUAUGACUGUGAUCCUCUCGCAAGUGUCAUUUUGGAUAAAUAAGGAAUCUGUUCCAGCUAGAACCGUAUUUGGAAUAACGACAGUUUUGACAAUGACAACAUUGAGCAUCAGUGCAAGGCAUUCAUUGCCAAAAGUAUCCUAUGCUACUGCCAUGGACUGGUUCAUAGCUGUCUGCUUUGCCUUUGUGUUCUCUGCUCUUAUUGAGUUUGCUGCUGUCAACUAUUUUACUAACGUUCAAAUGGAAAAGGCCAAAAGGAAGACAGUGAAAUCCCUCCUUGAAUUUCCAGCCAUGCCGGUGAAGCGAGAACAGUGCACAGAAGAGGCACUCAUGACUACAGAUGCCAAUUCAAAUGUGAGGAAAAGAACAAAUGCCAUGGCACAGUCAGAAGCCGAUGUUGGGAACCGAACUGACACAGCAAACAGUUCCAUCCAACCUUCUGUGGUAACUCAGGGGUCUUCUGACAUUACACCCCAGUCUCUUUCAGCAUCAAGUCCAAACCCGUUCAGUCGCCUCAAUGUAUCAGAAACAUUGUCGUCUGCAAGAGCUACUCCUCCAGCUCCUCCCUCCACCCCAAUUUUAACUGGAUGCAUAACACAGCAUGCCACAGCUGGAUCCCCAUCCAUUCAUCAUUUACUUGGAUCUAGACUGGAGCAGAUUCAGACCACAGCUAAUACGGUGGGAGCAUCUGUAAAGCCGUCUGCUAUCUCUCCGUCUCCUGCUCCCCCUGCUUCCAGCUCUGGCACCAGUAAGAUAGACAAAUAUGCACGCAUUCUAUUUCCUGUCACAUUUGGAGCAUUUAACAUGGUCUACUGGGUAGUGUAUCUAUCCAAGGAUACCAUGGAAAAAUCAGAAAGUCUAAUGUAGUUUUGCUGCAAUAUAGUAGUUUCCUUAAUUAUUAUAACACAUUUGUUGCAGGGUUCCUUCUUUUAAAACUUUUUUUUAAGAGACCAUUUAUUCUUAUUUUACAAGGCUCUGUGCUAGGUUCCCACUGCAAAGAACAAGUUUAUUGGGACAAUUAACUAACUCAUCAUUGAGUAAAGGGUAAGAAAAUUGGCUUCUCUCUCCCAAAUGGGAACACAGAACUUGCCAUGGAGCGCAGGGAAGGGAAGAACAGUGAUGAGAAGUAAGUAGAAUGCAGACACACACAUUUAUGCAGUGUAAUGUGCACUGACUUUUAGUAGUAUACCAUAAUGAUUUUUACAAAUCACCACUGCCUAGACCCAGCAAUGCAUUUUCCACUAUGACUUGCAGUGACUGUUUGGGGGAUAUUUUUAAAUGCUGCCAGACAGGGACUUUUCCCUGCUAGAUUAAAGUUGAUGAAAGAAAUGAUGAGUGGUGACAGAAGAAAAUAGAGGGAGUCCUACU